ACUUGGUAGGGCUAUCUGUGGUAUUACCAUUACUUCAACGCGUCAGUCGGAGUUUGAAAACACCUUUUGCUUUCUUGACUCCGUGUGCGUUGUGCAACAGCUUCGGGGGUACUGUGAAGAUUCCGUCUCUGUCCAUUCAGAUCGUUCAUUUUGUGUAUCCCAUCGCUACCGACUUGCAAGAUCACUAUCACUUAUGGCUAAUCCACGGCAGCGUCGUAAAGCCAAAUCAUCCACGCACAAGGCCGUAUCCCAUUCACGGCGUGCACAAAAGAUCCUGAAGAAGAUGCCAGUGAUACGAGGUCCAAAAGCCUUGCAGGACGCUUGGGAUAAAUCAAAGACACUUCACCAAAAUUAUGCUGCGCUGGGCCUUCAGGUCGCUUUGACCCCCACGCAAUCAGGUGGAUCGGAGCGGACAUUAAUCCCUCCAAAAGGUUCAGCUAGUACAGGGUCGGUCUCUGGUAUUGUCAAACCAGUUGAAGCUGGCCCUUCGAAUAUCCCCAGAGGGUUUGGAAGGAUUAUUCGAGACGAAUUUGGUAAUGUGAUACGGAUCGACCUUCCUGAAUCCGAGGAGAUGCAAGACUGCGUACCAAACAGCGAGCUCCCAGAAGUGGAGGUAGAUGAGAAAACUAUGCAUGAUUGGGUCGGUUGUCUUGAUAAAAUAAAUGAUCAAAAUAACGCACAAGUAUCGUCCGUGGGGGGAAGACAUGCGGUUGUUGAGUUGGAGAAACUGUCGGCCUCGGGCAGGACAGUGCCGCGACACUCGUCAUGUGGAGAAAGAUCAUACCUGGCACGUUUGAUCCAAAAAUAUGGUGAUGACUAUGAUAGUAUGGCGAGAGAUCGCCGUCUUAAUCCUGAACAAAAGACUGUGGGAGAACUCAAAAGGGCAGUGGGAAAAGCAGGCGGAGUAGAGACAUUCUCCUGACUGUUAUCGUAGGAUAGAAUGUGUUGAACAAGUUGUUGGGCGGCUCAUUGAGCGCCCGGAGAGGACCGGUGAAGGUGAGUUCACCGGAUCCGAUAUUAAGAUGUGACAUAUGUCGUGACAUAUGUAUGUCAUUGUGCGGUCACACCGGCACUUCUCAAACACUCCAAGGCUGUGUGUUCCCGAAUGGGGGACUUGGUUCGAGUGUUUAUACGUAUGCGACUAGUAUGUAGCACAUGCUGUUUUGUUGAAUGAAUUUUUAACCAGCA